AUGUCAGACGAACCAGAAAAUGUUGCAAGCGAAGAAGAGCCAUGCGAUCCUUUUAAAAUUGACCGUUUAACUGUGCAUUACGACUAUUUGUUGUAUAAGAUUCAGGAUUAUGUCUCAUCUAUUCAUCUGCACACCACCGAAAUAUGUAAACGUCAAAACGAACUAGUAACGAAAGAGGUUAUAGAGGGAAUCAUAGAUGAGAAUAUUGCAGAGCUUCAAAAACUUUUGGUUCAAUGUGAAGAGCUGGAAUCCAGCUUCGACAUGCUAGAUCAAAUUGAUGUUAUAGUACAAACUUUUAAACAGAGAAUAGAGGAUGUAGUAAAGGAGCACAAGAGUCUGAAAAAGAAAGACAGGUGGUCAACUACCAAGUUAUUCUUUCCUGGUCCAUCACAAUCUUCCUUUGCAGAUACGUAA